AUGGAAUAUAUUUUUAUUAGAUUAUACCUGAAAGAAAUGAGCAUAUUAUCACUUAAAAGAUCGGCUAACCAAUAGUUUUAAUUGAUAAACAAAAAACAUCAAUUAUAAUACAUUGUUUAUUCUGAAAAUUUUGAUAGUCCUUAAUUUUACUCUCGACUUCUUAUCAGAAGGUUACUAAGGAUAAUCUAAGUUUAAUAAAUAAUAGAUAGUUCUCAUUGAUAGGAUCAAGGAUAUGAGGCCUACAAUACUCAAAAGAUGGUUUUUUAUUGUAAUCACCAUAUCUCAUAUUUAUUGAAAGGUAGGUCUUCCUAUAUUUAAAAAAGAGUAGAGUGGCUGAUUUCGCUCACGAAAGUACAGACUGGAUUAAUUUUGAAGAUUAAGCCAUUUUUAUAUUCAUAUAAAUCAGCCUAUCACAUUUAAGAUGAUAAUUCUUAAUAUUAUGAAUUUGCGGCAAGUAAAAUAUAAUAUAAUUUUAGAAAACAGAAAUAACAAUUUUGAUAUCUAAUCAUUAGAAAAACAAUGA